AGUACAUCAAGAGAAGUUCAAAGGCAGUGCUGAUCAUGAAUGAUAAGAUACAUAUUCCUGUGACUCUCCUCCAUAUACCCCCUUACCCUCAAUCCUUUUUCUCUCUCUCUUUCAUAAAUUCACUUAAAUAAUUAAGUUUCAUAGUUUUAGCUGAUUCAAGAAAGUUGACUUCUUCCCAACAAUCACAGGGAGUUCGGUACACAAGGCAUCCCGCAUUCACGGGACUGCAUCCCAAGGGGUGUGUAGACAUCCUAUCCUAAUGCAAGUAUUAGUGGCUGCUUCGACGGCUCGAACCCGUGACCUAUAGGUCAUACCAAGACAACUUUACGUUGCUCCAAGGCUCCCCUUCAUGCUUUAUGAAGGUGUGAAUUGUUUAAUUAUGCAUAAUGUAUGUUCCGCUACCAGAUUCUGGCCAAGGGAAUUAGGUAUAAGUUUCUAGGAGUUUGGUAUAAAUAGAUAUUAGGGAUUUCCAUUCAAACCGAGUAUUUUAGUUGAUAAGAACAGAUAACUAAUCCAAUAUUUAGCUUAUGUUCUUGUCCUGAUUUCUUCCUGCAAAUGUCAUUUGAGUUCUGCAAUUACAUGAUAAAAGAUCUUGCACAAAAAUAUCUUACUUGAAACUGAGGCUUAGAUGUGCAGAGCAACUAUCUCGAGGGUCGUUCUGAUUUGUGAACAUGGAAAUGGAGAAAACAUGUGAAUUUUGUAUGUUAUUGAAGCCAGUGGUGUAUUGUGAGUCUGAUGCAGCACACCUUUGCCUUUCCUGUGAUGCUAAAGUUCAUUCAGCCAAUGCCCUUUCUAGUCGGCAUCUUCGCACCCUUGUCUGCGAGCCAUGUGGAUACAACCUGGCUUAUAUUCAAUGUUCGGAUCAUCAAAUGUUCAUGUGUCGUGACUGUGACCGCCGCCAUCAUGACCUCUCUUCUCAGCACCAGAGAAAAGUGAUCACUAGUUAUAUGGGGUGUCCUUCUGCUAAGGAUUUGGCAGCAUUGUGGGGUUUCGGCUUGAAUGAUUUGGAAAACACUACUCCACCAGAUAAGUUCAUCUCAACAUCAAAUGGAACAGUAAAUGGAGCCAAGGUCAAUCCAAAAAUUGUCAAACGGUCUCACUCAUCAGCUGGCAGCUCUUCCUUAGCUUCUGAACUUGAAUUAACAAGUCCCGUUGUCUCUGCAGAAUCAGUAGUGGGAUCAAGUAAUAACCACAAUAAGGCGUUAUGCUUGCAUAAACGGGGGGAGAGCACUUCUUUCAUUCUACAACAGAUUCUUGACUUGGAAAGACUUCAGCUGACAGAGGGAAGUAACAAUUUAACUAGUGGAGAAAGUCAAAAUAAUGUUUCUUCAUUCAAGCAUGGUUUUUCGUGGAAUAUGCAUAGCAAAUUUGAUCGCUUGCAGAGUUCACUUGAUCUUGGCCCUGAACUUCAGGAUUGGGGCAGUACUCGUGAAAUUCCAGUUGCUGAAUCUUUUCCAUUACUGUUGCCAGAUGGAGAUUCAUUUUGGGAAUGUAAAAGUCCAGUUCAGAGUAGUCAGCUUUGGCCUCAAAAUCUGCAAGACCUAGGACCUUAUGCUGAAGAAGGAUGUUUUGACAAUUCCGACAUGCCUGAUGUUGAUUUGACCUUCCAAAAUUUUGAAGAACUCUUUGGCGAGGAGCAAGAUCUGAACAACACAUUGCUUAAUGAGGAAGAUAUGACAUCCUCAUCUAUGGAGAAUUAUUCUUCGAUGGAUAGAUCUUAUCAUAGCUACGUCAAGAAGGACAUAUCAACAGCUUCAUCAAUCUGCAAAAGACAGCCAACUCACUUCGGCCAAAACCAUAUUACCUCUGAUGAACACAUUCCCACAAUCAAGGAUUGUCCUCCACCAAUUCGAACAAACUUUUCAUCGUUGUCCUUCUCAGCAUCAAGGCUGAGCAGUGAAAGCAGUGGUAAUGAGUAUGUGGAUUCACCUGCUUCCAACGAGCAGGAGGUUUCACAGUUGGACAGUAAAGAGAAUCUCAAUUAGCAAUGCACAAAGAAAAGAAGAAGGCUCGGCUGUAAGUACAAGUCUCUUUCUUGAUGUUAAAUAUGUCCAUAUGCUGUUUCGUAGCUCGUUACUGCAUGUUUUAGUUUUGUAUUCAGGUUUGAGAAACAAGGUCGGAAUACACCUCGAAAAGCCAGGACUAAUUUAAAAAAGCAUCCAAUAAAAGGGAGGAUCCUAAAGGUGGACAGAUAUGAAUCUGAUGCAGUUAGUAUGUCUCGAAGCUUUUAAAAUUGCCCUGGUUUAAUGUGUGCGACUCGUGUACAUACCAUCAAGCAUCGCUCAGUAACUCAAGACAUAUGAACAUCUGUUGUAUGUCCGCUCCUGCUAAUUGUUACCUCAGUGUAAAGCCUAAUUGUUUCUUCUAGUUUGACGAGAAUGCAUAUAAUUUACCAUGGUUAAAUGAUUGAAGCUCACAUGCAAGACACAUGUCAUGUAUCUAUUGGUUUGGCGUAAACACCUGGUGCGGGUAAGUUUUUACCCUCAAGCAAACUUCUUGGAGAAUCAUAGAUUAAAACUGUUUACUUCUAA